CAAACACCAUGGCUUUCCAUCUCUACAAGAAAAUAAAGGCCUCGCGGGCGGAAACGCCUGCCCAGGACAUUCCUCUAGGCAAUACGCAGCCUAAUCCUUUUGAUGAUUUUUCUCAUCCAGAUGGGGCAUUGGCCUCGUUUGACUCGCAACGCGUCCUGCACGAGAAACCCUCCCCUGAAGCUGCAGCAGAGAAGCGCCGAAUGCGAAUCUACCGCUGGAAGCUCAUCGGUAGUCUAUUCCUACCGUAUCUACUUGCGAGUAUUGACUUGACAAUCGUUGCGACCGCGGUACCCUUUAUCGCGUCACAUUUCGACCAACUGGGCGAGCUGAAUUGGAUUGUCACGGCUUUUACCCUGACGUCGACAGCGUUCAUUCCGACCUUUGGUCAGCUCGCCGAUGUCUUUGGGCGUCAUGUUGCGCUGCAGCUUGCCACCUUGCUUAUGCUUAUUGGGAGUACCCUGUGUGCGGCGGCGCAGACUUGGGGCAUGCUCUUGCUUGGUCGUGCGCUUCAGGGUGUGAGCGCUGCAGGUCUCAUGGCCACUGUCAUGAUUAUCCUGGCGGAUAAUGUGAGUCUGGAGGAGAAUGCGAAGAACAAUUCGGUUUUCGCUAUUGUCAGUGGUGUUGCGUAUUCCAUUGGGCCCGUUGUUGGAGGAUAUCUGACUGAUGCCAACUGGCGCUACUGCUUCGUUAUAUCAAUUCCGAUCGCCUUCGUCUCGCAUAUAAUCAUCUACAUCGUCCUACGCAACGAGCUCAAGCAAGGCACCUACUCUCGCUCAGGAACGCGACUAUCCUCCCUCCUCCCCGCCCUUGCAACCCUCGAUAUCAUCGGCACCAUCCUGUUCGUCUUCGGCGUCGGCCUCAUAAUCCUCGGCACAUCCUGGGGCGGAUCUUCCUACCCCUGGGUCUCUGCCCAGGUCUUAGCCCCUAUCGUUGUCGGCGGUGUCUGUUUCGUCCUCUUCUUCGUGUACGAGUAUUUCCUCGAGAACGGCGCUCUACGGCGCAUAUUCCCCACUCAAACACCUAUGAUUCCGUACAGCAUGUUCAAAAGACUCGAUACACUCUGGCUCGCUAUCCUGCAGUUCGCUGCCGGGGCGGCCAUGUACUCUGUCUUUUACUACGUCGGGAUAUACUUCACCCUCGUUGAGAAUUAUCCCGCUAGUAAAGCCGGCGUGCAGUUACUCUACUACAUCCCAGGUCUAGGCGCCGGCGUCUACCUAGCAAUCCUCCUCUGCAACACCUACCCCGCCCAAACCUUCCACCCAUUGACACUAGGAACAGUCCUCGAAACCCUCGGAAUCGCCUUGGUUACCUACGCCAUCCACGCCCAGCGCACAAACAUUUUAAACGGGAUGAUGAUACUCGCCGGCGCAGGGACCGGCUUGCGCAUGAUGCCCGCCACACUGCACGCAAGCGGUGUCUGGCCGAACCGUAUUGCCGCUGCGCUGUCGCUUAUGCGCUUUACCUUGCCGUUUGGGGGGACCAUUGGGAUUACCAUUAUGGGGAGUGUGUUUAAUAAUAAACUAUCUUCUGGGAUUGCGGCUAUUCCUGGUCUCAGUGGUGUAUCGGCGCAGGGCUUAGGGGGCGGAGGGGGAGGGGGCACAGGGACAGAGACAGCGGGGAGUUUGGAUUUUGUGAAUGGCUUGCCUGGCCCGCUGCAGGAGGGUGUGAGGACUGCGGGUAGGGAUGCGAUUAUGUGGGCUUAUAUUGCGAUAAUGCCCAUUCUGGGGAUUAGUUUGGUGACGGGGUUGUUUUUGGGGAAUGUUUGGAUUAAGCCGAAGAAGAAAACAACAGCGAAUGAGGGUGGGGAUCGGCCUGAGAGUGAGGUUAUCCAUGUCCCCUAUCUGUAUGCGCUUUUCAAGGGGGUGGACAAGUAUAAGCAUAUCAGUCGGCCGGCGCUGGAAUCUGAUGCGGAGGAUAGUCUUCCGAGGAGGACUAGAUGAGGUAUAUGGUGGUAUUUCUCUUCUGCUCCGUGUUUUUCUAUCAGCGAUGCUUUUACCUUUUCUGGUCAUUGUAGAUAGAUGAUGGAUCAAUCUGCCAGUUUCGUGAAACACACCGCUAGUUACCAAUCCCAAGCAUAGCGAUCCAACAACGUACGAUGGUACAAGAGUCGGUAGAU